AUGGCGUUUACUUCACUGUCAGAGAAAGUAAACUUAAAAUUUCGUUAUUGCAUAUAUUGCUACUGCCGCUGGAAUUAAGGCUUGGGCUUUCGAUCUCCUCUAAGCGUUUCUAGGCUACACUUUUGGCCAUUUUAAGAGAGUGCGAUGUGAAGUAAAUGGCCCGUGUUCUUAAGGCAAUCUGCCGCUUUGUUAGUUUUGACGUGUUUGUUUUGUUGGUGGUCAACCCCUUAUAACAUCCCUUAAUAUCAAGCUAGCUCGCAGCGGUUUCGCGUAUGCGAGCGCUAUGGCUAUGAGAACUGGUGACCCAUUUGCUACUGCUGUCGAGCGAUGUCAUUCAUAGUUCUCAGUGACUUCCACGAGUCGACUGCCGCCACUAGGCCUUUAUCUCCUGUGCGUGGCAUAUGCCGAAUCGAAUAUGCCGAAUAUUCGAUCCACGGUGGUUGUUUCAUGCGUUGCAACAACAGUGGCAGCAUUACCGAUACCUGGACCAAAUUCUUAGCAAAGGACUCAUCGAAGACCUUCACAUCCACCCAAUACCCGACGACUAAGCCUCUCUGCCCGUCCUUUAAAUCACGAGCACAGUCUGUUGGAAAUGGCCAUCAUGACGUAGGGCGGAUAAAUUGUCAUAACUCGCACGUAUCCUCAAUCGUUUUUCUGUUUCCAAAACACAGGUUAUAAAUGCAGCGUAUUAUUUCGCGCCUAACCACGAUUAACUUACUCAGUCAACUUCUGAUGUUUUGUAAAAAUAUUCAAAUAGUCCUUUGUCUCUCAUCUUUUCAGAUUCGGGCGGAUUCUGACCCCGUUACGCAUUGGCUGAUGUCAAAAGCGAAGAUUGAUCUACUCGAGGAAGUAAUUCUGGACUUGGAAUACGAUAGCUUCCUCGGUCGCCUAACUGAAACUGAGAAGGAGGUAUGAUGUAACAAACCUUGAGGCCCACAUACAGCUACUUAAUACGUGUACCAACAGUUUGGCUGAGUGUUUCUUCCCCUCAAACUGUGAGCAGUCAAUCGAAGGAUCCUACCACCUUCCCAAGUUCACACCUGAAAUGGCUGCGAUGUUUUGGAGUCGUUUUGAAGAAAAAUUGGAUGAAAAGCUGGCGGUUUGCGGCAUUACGGAUGAAAAUACGGGUAACUUGGCCACUUCAUCCCGCACGUCGAUUACCAUCUAAGAACCUGCCUUUCUUCACUCCGAUCUGGAUGCUCAGAGCAAGCAUAACCGCCAACUUUGGCAGCACGUGUGUCGACAGAUUGCUGAGCUUACUCAGGUGAAUUUGGUUUUUUACUUGAAUACCAUCCUCGAAGUUUCACAUUGGCAGUCGUCGUAAUAGCAGUUUCGUCAAUUGGAAAUUGCUUUUUCAGGUUUAUUUGCUCAUGCAACUUAUAGUUAACAUCGUCUCUUAGAUGCUUGGUAGUUUUUUUCAAAAGGAAAUUGAAAGUUACGCUUGUGAGUUUAGAUUAAAACCUAGUGCUAGCCACCAUCGACGUCAUUAGUGGGGCAAUAGUUGAGAUAAUGGCCUUUUGGAGCAACGCAAGAUACCCACCGGGAUCUCAUUCGCUUGCCUUUUAGGCUUUACAGAUGGACUAGAGGGACAUUGCACCUAUCUGGAUUUGUGAAUCUCAUUUUUGUGUUCUGGAAAGCGCGUCGAAGCAGUAGAUUCAAGGCAGCAGUCUGUUAACUUGCAAGACGAAUAUAUGGAAUCAAUUUUUCGGGCCAGAUAACCGAAAUUUAAGUAUGCCACUAACUUGUUUCGCUCAUGGCGCAGAUGAAACGUGUUUCUGCCUUCACUUCUACCACAUCACAAAGCCAUGCUCUAUCUAACGUUUGUUCUCUUCCUUUCACCGGACUUCCCAAAUUCGCCCAAUGUCUAGUGGUGCAAAUUGUUGGGUAGAAUGGCACGCGUGGGAUUAUUUCAUUUCUCUACAUUUAAGGCCUGGUUUGACGACAUUCCUAACUAAUAACGUAAACUUUAAGUGCUUUGUUUUCGCAGAGCCUAAGUGACGGUCCUCGUCAGCAUCUCUAUCACCGGUGGGCAUAAUACAAGACCAUCAUUCGACUUGUCUCUUUGUCCCGUUCCAUGUCAGGGGUGUUUUCAGUUGAAGGAGACAGAAAUACGGCGAGAUAUUGCCAAUCUCGAUAGUGUCGGCCUGACACGUGUGAGAUCUCGACCGUCCCAUACAAGGAGUGGAUUCUUCCGGCUUCACUGGAUACUAAUUGAUUGAAGGCACAGAGGAUUCAAAAGCUCUUUAGCCGUCAAAGAUAACGGGUUAAAAACUAGGGUUAGAUACAAAAAUCGGCCGGCUUAUCCGGGUAUUUGACCAUUUUUCUGCCUGAUAAGGCUGUGUCCUAUUAAUUUAUUUAUCCCAGUUUCAUACUACAUUUGUCGUGCUUCAGCGUGCCUUUUCCCAUUUAAUGGUUUUACCUGUUUAGGUGUUACAGGACACUUGUGCGCUGCAGAAGGACGUGAUGGGGCGCCGGGACGCCUAUCAAAAAUCUCUCCUCCUGGCCUUAGGCAAAACGCUCGGAAAGGAGGUUCAAAAUUUGGCCUCUCGGGCAGAUCGUUUGGAGGCACAAAUACACCAGUUGCUCCUGCAGCCAUCUAAAAGGGCUGUUGACUUGCAAACUGCCUAGUAAGUUUGAAUCUCCCAAAUACGUUUUGUUGGUGCAAAACUUGCAUCACGUUUAGUUUUGCGCUCGAAAUCACUGCAUCGACAGUAGCAAAGCAGUACCAACGGCGAAAACGAAGACAUAUGAUCAUUUCUGGCUUAUUUGCAACGAUAAAUCACUCCUCUUUCGAACCGCGGUCAGAAAGACCUCAGGUAUGAGCCCAGGUCUAGUCAACCACAACGCUUGGUCCUCUACCCUUUGAGUCAAGUUCUCACGACCGGUACCGUCGGAAGUUGCGUUGGCGCUUCAUUUGCGAUCUAACCCGGAUUACGAGCGUUUAGUCCUUUUGGGACGCCCUCGUCUACGAAGUCUCGCCAUUCUGCACUAUUUUGGCUGGCUAUGAAUGACAAAUGAGUCGACAAAUGUCAGUCAAGUCUCCCUUCUCUUUCGUUCGGAUGUCAGCUAGUGCAUUGCAUUUUUGUUUUAUUAUUCGUCGUGCAUCACUUCAACUAGAGUUUGAACUACAGGCUCGUGAGCAGUAUUUCCCCACAACAGAACUCAUUUUUAUGCUCUGAAAGUGCCUGGAGGAGCUUCGCGUGUUUUAAAUUUCCGCUUUUCAUAAACCUUUAUGCCUGUCGGUGACGGGGGUGGGGUGGGGGAGAUUAACGCAACAACGGUUACGUACAUUGUGUGUACUUAAUCCAGGCCCUCACUAGUCGUCAGCCUUUAUAUCUCUCUUUCUCUCUGCACUUACUUGCGCUCCUUGGUGCUGUUCAUAAAGUCGGCGUGUAUUCCGUUCUGACAGUAGUUGUGACCCAGCCUUAAGAGAUACUUGCAGUACUUGGUAAGAAAUUAAAGUCUGGGAACGCUACCGGUGUCUACCAAGCAUUAGCCCUUAUGUACUACAGAUCUCUGAUCAGAGUAAUCUUUCGGCUGACAUGCACAUUUCUCGACAUAUCCUCAGGCUGACUACGAAUACGUAGUGUCUAACUCGUGCAUGAAUGCUACCGCCCGGUCGGGACUAUUAUCUGAGCUUAAAGAAAACUACUGCGACAUGAUUGAGCAUGACAAAAAGCAAGAGUUGGGUCAUUAAUGCGCCAGCCUUCCAGAAUUAUGUCACAAAGCGUUUUCCCAAACAUUCACGUACGUUGCCGACUAGCCGAUGAAAUGGAUGUGUCCCUCGAGAUCCUCGGUCGAACGUACUUGUGACACCAGGUCUGUAUAAGUCUUCCCGUUCGUGUAUCAACUUCUGAACUACCCCGUUGUGUUCGCAGCCACGUCCUGCAUGACUUUACCAGUUUUGCGUUGAGUCGACGCCGCCUAGCCACUGGCCGUUAAACUUUUCAGAUUAUAUUACUGACUUCAACCUUAAAUGACUUCAAGUCCCCAGGGCCAUGAGCUGCGUGUAGCUGCUUUUUGACAUUGGACUCGCGGCGGCAUCGUCCUCCCGCCUGUUUGAUUUACAUUUGCUCAUACAUCGCAGUAACGCGCACUGAAACAAUCUAUCCGGCCGUCAUUUUCUCCCCUCUUUUACCAUUUCAUCUUCUUUGCAGUAAUGACCUACUGAGAGAGAAGGAGGAGGUGGAGCAGCGGAUCUCUGAAUUGGACGCCCUGCUGCAAGCGUAUCUGGCCAAUGAGAAGAAAUUCCUCGAACUGGCAAAUUCUAAGGCGGAUGCUGAGCGUCAGAUGUUAGUCCUACAGGGCAUUAAAGAUGCGGGGCCGAGUUGCCAACGGGAGCUCACGGGCAGACGGCGACGUUCCUUUAGUACGAAUACAUUGGAACUUGAUGAACAUGGGGGCCGAAAGUUUGUUGCCACCGACUUCUAA